CUUUUUGUUGUUCUCUAUCUCCUGAUUCCUGAAGAAGGUAAUAAAGAUCUUUAGAAAGGAAGAUCGGCUUCGGCGUACUUGGAUCAUGAGAAAAGCAAAAGCACUCCCCGUAUCGGAUCGAUCCAGCAGUCCUUGCAUUAUACAGUGGAUGAUCUUCUCUUUGACGACAAUGCAAAUCCGACGAGCGACGCAGGUCUAUAGAUCGUUCUUGAAUAUCUUGGAAUAGAUCCAAAACAAGUAGUACUUGAUUGAAAACAAAAAAAAAUCAGUUAUGCUUGCGCACGGUGUAGUUGUAUAAAAACAGAUUCAGAUAUCGUCACUGAGAAUAAUGUUUGUCAUUGUAACCAUGUGUGAUUUUUUACGGUGAGUGAUGUAUCCAGUGGCCUGCAUUGCAUUUUCUCUGAAUGUUUGUUUCUAGUCACUUUCACUACUAAGACUUUGCAUGAUUUUUCUAGAAGCACGCUCGCGCUAUUAGACUAUAGCAAUUUAUUGGGUCAGGAUCAGGAACGAGUUUUUCCUGUUCGGGAUCUGGCCAUUGAUUUCUUUGAGUAAGUUUGAUGCACAACAUUGUAGUUGUUCAACAUUUUUAGCUUGUUUUUUCUGAAUAAAAGAAAUCCGGAAAAUCGUCACUGCAGUAGAUGACAAGAUCGGAAGUAUUAAAACGGUUUUGUUACUGGUGAUGCUAUCUCGAUCAUCAACCGUAGCCCCAGAUCCUGGUACUGGGAGCGAAACUAGCAGUGUUCCCGACCUGGCCGAAGGUGAAAUACUUGGAUCGUUAAACAGGACAGGAUCAGGAACUUCAGACUUCAUCGCGGGAAGCUUGUGCCCCACUUCUUCUAGGUCAACCAAGAUGACGGCGAUGGUACUAGAUCAGUGUCCCGACGGAGCGGCUCUUCUAGGUGUAGCAGGUCAAACACAAGCAGAGUCCUCAAACGCACCUACCAAUCAUCAACAAGAAGAGCCUCAUGAUUUGAGUGGCCUUUUCAUCGAGAUGAACAAGGCGUUUAUGCCAACCAGAAGAACGCCGAAACGUAUUCAUUUUGUUUGUUUCUCUCAUCACGUUAACUUCGUCGGUCAUAAAAUCGGGCAAAUUCGCUCGGUAUCAUCUCUAUCUGCAUUUUUUGGGCCUGGAGUGUGAAGACCCAACUCAAGCUCAUUUUCUCGUUUUCUCAUUUGAGAUCAAUGAUUUCUCUGUUAUCUUUUUCUUCUCCCUAAUUCCCACUACACCCUUGUUGUGGUGCGUUUAUGCUCCUCUUAUGUCCUGUAGGGUUUUAACGUUUUUCAAACCGUGCUUUCUUCGUUUUUUUUUUUUUUUUUCUCCACCCCUCCCUCCCCUGUACUCUCAACAGAGGCUCGUUAGUCUGCAUCGAGGUGUAGACUACCCUCUCGAGAGGCGUACGUGGGACGCUGGACAUGCUGUGAUAAUCAUUGAUUCUUCACAAAAAGAUCAUCAUGAUCAUGAUAGCAUUUGGCAUUAUUAUAAAUGUUUGCUUAAGUGGUUUCUUUUUGAGUAAUUGAGUGUAGUCCAGCGAUGGCUUUGAGUGCUUGUCCCACGGUGAGCGCCCCUUGAGAGGCUGAGUCGAAAGAGGUUUGAGACCAGUUUAGAUUAAGAGAAGGAAUUUGGAAGGCAGGCGUUCUUCUUUCAAACAGAAUAUGGUAAGGGUGCUUUGUCUUCCCCGUCUCAGUGUAAUUCUCUAAUUCGUUUUAGUUUUAAGAUUUCUUUAGCGUUGUGACGCUUCAUCCUUGAAAGUCAGCUCGUGCAGUAGUCCUAGGGUAUCUGGAACGACAUGUCUUCGUCGGCGAGUAGCGUUAAGGCUGCUAGGGCCGCGUUGAAGAGAAAGGUGAAAGUGGCUCAAGAUUAUGUCGAUCGCAUUUUGGCUGACGCAGACGUGGCUCACAGCAGGCGUUUCACUCCGGUAAUUGAUCCGGAAAAUUUGAGUCUUGUCCUGAAACAACUUCCAUCUUCUUCCUCUCUUGAUCACGGGGAACUCCUCCUUGAGGAGUUGGUGUCUGAAUCUUAUAUGCCUGCUCCGUCCGUUGAGGACUGGAGGCAUUUCGAUAGAGAAGACCACAGGGUGGUUGGUUUCAAGAAUGUCGCGCUGCUGCGGCGACUAAAUCAACUUUUUCAUUCGGAGGACGCUGACGCUUGGAAGCUUGUCCUCGAGGGUGGCACCACGCAUGGUCAAGUGUGGUGCCCGGAUUCGUGGCCGUUUCGUAAGGCUAAGGCUGUAGAUGAUGAAAUUGAUAAGAUAACUCGCAGGUGUAGGGCUGCGUCUUUCUUGAAUAGGCCUAAGCCGUUUCAUCUUGAUGACGGUAUAAUUGCGAAAAUUUGGGAAACCACAUUGGAAGAGGUCGAGAUGGGUAUGCUGGGAGAACCCAUCGCGAUCUCUAAAUUAGACCCGUCUGUUUCUCAUUUGGUGCCUAGGUUUUGUGUACAGCAGAAGAAUAAAUAUAGAAUGAUCGAUGACGCGCGUGUUUUUAAUGCGGAUUGUAAUUUGAAUCGUUUGGUUCCUCUUCCCAGUCCGUUAGAAGCACUAGCUUUGGCGACUGCUACCGCCCGUUUACAAAACAACCCAGAGCUGCCGCCUGAGCUUGUUGAUUCUUUUGUUAUAAAUUCGAGAAAGAGGCCGUUCGCGGGCUCUGAGACUAGGAAAAGCGCUGUGGUAGUAAACGAAGAGCUCCUUGCUGGGGGUGAUCCUGAUUUUGGGCUUGAGGAGUCUAGCUUGAAUGUGGACGGUGUGGUCAUUGACGUCGAAAAGGCGUAUAAGACUAUCGGGAUUAAGAGUGGUCAUGACGCUAAAAAUUUUAUAGCAGUAUAUUCACCUUCCGAGGAGUCUUGGUUUGCUUUUGAAGCUUAUACCCUCGUUUUUGGUAAUACCCAUAGCGUUGUUGUGUGGGUGCGCAUUGCGCAGCUCAUUAGUAGCAUAAUCAGAAAGUUAUUUUGUAUUCCUAAUAGUGUAUUCAUUGAUGAUUUUCACACAUUUUGUCGGUCAGGAUUGGGCGUCAGGGUUUCUAAGUGUAUCUGUAAUUUAUUGGACGUUCUGGGUUGGUCGUAUAAGCCUGAGAAAGUUGAUGUAUCAGGGGUUAAAGUAAUGCUUUUGGGUCUUGUAUAUAAUUUAAUUGGUCGUCCUUCUUUGGAGGUCUCUGCACAGCGGAAGAAAGAUUACAUUAGCUUGAUUGAACAGAAGUUGCACAGUGAAUUGUUGGCGCCGGGGGAUGCGGCGCAGUUGUAUGGCAAGCUUUCUUUUGCCUUUUGUAGUUUGUGUGAUAGAAGGUUGCACCCUCUCCUCCGUCCUAUUAUGACGCGCAUGUACUCUGAGAACACUGAUUUCUCAAUUCACCGGUGUCUGAAGUUGAGUCUCGUGGCGGCGCGUGAGUUUUUAGGAGCCCUACCGCCUCGAGUUCUUUACGUAGCCCCAACUAGGUACGUCAUCUACACUGACGCCAGUUGGAGGCGGGGAGAAGGUGUAAUCGCGGGAGUGUUGGUCGACCUUUUCGAUGUGUCGUCGUCCCGGAAGUCACUUGGGAGAAUGUACUAUUGGAAGUUUGAUGUGAAGGAAUCCGACACUUUCCCGAAGGUCGCUAGAUUCCCUAUAAAUUUUCUUGAGGGGGUUGCCCCUGUGAUCUCGUGCUGGUUAUGGCGAGAUAAGUUAGUCAAAUCUAAGGUAGAAAUUUUUAUAGAUAACUGUUCCGCGCAAGGAACUCUCACAAGAAUGAACAGUGGUCGUGCGCAUAUGGCGGCCUGUGCAUACGUUUUUUGGAAGUUCUGCACAUUUAACCACAUAUCUCCUCUCUUGGAAAGAGUUCCGAGUGAACUGAAUCCCGCUGAUUUACCGACCAAGAAAGCUCUUUUAGAGUUUUUCGUUAAAAAUUUUGAUGUGACUGAAGUGCCUCUCGGGGACAAGAUCGUUGGUGAUAUCUUGAGUCUUUUGAUGUUAAAUGUGGAGAACGCUGACGUUUUGUUAUAUGAUGGACAGGCAGAUGCAUAGGGUGACAAAAAUGCACAACUUUCUUUUGCCGGUUAGGAAAUUCUUUCUUUCUUGUGUGUGUUUUUUUCCGGAAGGAUGCGAGCUGUUGCUUCUAUGGAGUGAUGGUGUGUUUUGUGAUUGGAGAGUGAGAGCAAUUGUGUCAUGCGACUGCCCGAUCAAUUUGGCUGGUGCCUUUAGACACCUGAGUGGAAAUUUGAGGGAUAGCAUUUUGUUGAGACUCACUCCUUUCCUUGGCUUUCGUGUUAAAUUACUGACUGCGUCUCCCUCCAUUAAAAAUAGACAAUUUAGUUUGGUUUCGACUGUUCUAGGUUCAUCAUCCUCAAGUUGGGUUUCUGAUACUUUGCUGCUCUGAAGCGGUAGUUUAGAUUCAAGAUGGCGCACAUUGAGCACAACUUCAAUGAGCUGAUCAACGAGGCCAACCGUGAUCGCCCCGAUCAGACCAAGGCAUUCGGGAAUUUAUUCAGUCUGGUUGUUUUCCUUAAGCUGCAUUGAUGCUCGACUUCGGUUGAUUUGUAGAUCACUUGGUUUGUUAGCGUUACAGUUUUAGGUUGUAUUGGAUAUGAUUGAGAAGUGAUCUUCCUUUCUUUUCAUGCAUUUUGCUUAGGUGCGCACGGUGAAGCAAAUUAUCCAGACCCAGUUCGGCGUUUUGGUUUCCGCUAUGGGAGAACGCGAGAUCAAUGACAUUGAGCGGUUUUGUAUGUCUGGAUCUCUCCACGAGCGUCCGAUUCCGUCCGGUGAGAAUUGCAUGGCUUGCGUUCUCAAGGAUGCUACUUGUGUCACUCUUUUGGGCGGGUAUAUCCCGCCGGUUGAGGCUGUCCCGGAAAUUCCGGCUGUUGAAGAUGGAGGUGAGGCGAUUCCUGGCGUGCAAGGACGCCCGGCGACCAUCGAGAUGAGUGCCGUUUUGACUGCUCAUCGCAUCAACAGCGACUUGCUGCAGGCACUUAUUUUUGCGAUUUAGUGACUAUAGAUGGACAUUGUUUUCUUUCUUUUGUUUCUUAAGUAUUAUCUUUGUUUGCUCACUUUCUUGCUAGAAAUGCGUUUCAUCUUGUUUAGGCUUUGUAAAGGUCCUCUAUAUUUCUUUCAUCGUCUCCAAUCUUUAGAUUUUCGCGUCUAAGACGUUGUCGGGUUGCGAUAAUACCAUCAAGAAAGCCGCCACUGUCGAAGUUUACAGUCGUAACAUUGCGCGCUUGGCCGGAAAUCAACUGAUCGGAGGAAUGGACUACUAUGCUCGCAUUUUGGCCUUCUUCCAGAUGAGCUUCACUGAGGCGAUUGAGGGAUACGUUGACAGGUUCUGGAGUUAUUAAAAAUUUGACGUGAGUCGUGAUCUUGUCGUUGUAGCGAUAUUAGAACGCGAUGUGGACUUCGCGUCUCAAUUUGGUUGUUAGUGUUUAGUCGUUUCUUCUUGUGGGAAAAAUCAAAUCUAUUUUCUUAUUCGAUGUCUCGUUUUUCAGACUUCGUGUACUUCGACUUCGUUGAAUCUUUCGUCUUCAGGGCUCGCGCCCAGGCUUUGUCCGUCGAGUUGGAGAAGAAGUUGAAGUCGCUUCAGUAUGCUACUCCUCUUCGUGGUGAGCGUGAGCGUCCUAGUCCUUACGGCUCUCCGGAUAAGCAGGCCAAAGGCAAGGGCAAGGGAGAGCGCUACUGUUUCAAGUGGAUUAACACCCCGAAAGGUGAGCGUGGGGAGAAGUGUGAUGAUGAGAACUGUAGAUUCAAGCAUGUCGUCCCUCCUACCAAGGAGGCGUGUGAGGAAGUGAAGAAGUAUGCAUCUCGUGCCCUCGCUUUGUGGGAUAUCGAGGCUGAGUUCGCUGAGUAAUUGGCCUUUUUCAAUCACAGAUCGAGGACUUUUGCUUCUAAAUUCGCAAGAGACUUUUUCUCCAAUGAAGAUUUAGAUGGUUUGUUAAGGGGGGGGGAUUUGACUUUCUUCAUUUCGUGAUUCGUACCUUUCAGAAGUCCUUUUGCGCUUUUGGCCAUUUAGUCUGAUUGUCUGUUACCAGCACUACCACGACGAUGGAGAUCUUCUGUUAAGUGAUCUUAGUUGUCAUCUUUGAUUUUUUUAAUGAUUCUAAAGAUUUCUUUUUGUUAUCUAAAAACCAAGAAAAUUUUUUAAAUUUAGAAAAUUUAGAUUUAAGAUCAAAUUUAUUUCGUGCGAGCACUUCCGUGGUCUUUUGAAAUAAUUUUGUUUUGAAUAAAUAUGUGGAUGUUUCAGUAUAGUUGUCUUCAUAAGAAUCAAGCUAGUAGUUCUGCUUCAUCGAGUAAUUCUGCUCCUGGUACGAAUCCAGGCGGGUUUGGUUUUUGUGCGGUUCCGACCAACGUGACCUUUCCCGGUUUAGUUCAGUCUAGUAUUGGUCCUUAUAGUAUUUCCUCCACUUCUAAAUCCGUUAAGGCUACUGCGUCUUCGUCGGGUAUUAGGAUCGUUGGGGGUCUCUUUUGCCCUACAUCCACGAAUAAUGUUGUUCAGAAUUCAUCUGUUAUGACUCCAGAACUAGUCCUACUCGCUCGUAAUAAUGAAAUUUUGUUUGAACGGUUCAAGACUUUGGUGAACCAGUAUCGUAAGCAGACUUUUGGCCAGAACCUUACUGCAACGAAGAAGAUAGCUAUUUUGGCUAGUUACGGGCCUUCUAAGGCGAAGCAAGCUCUGCUAGCAAACACAAAUUUUAUAAAGGGGGAGUCUUUGAAGGAUUGGAGCAAUUAUUUGAGUUAUUUUAAGUCUUUUCUAAAUUUAGCGACUGCUAGGGGAGAGCGCCCGUUCCCCCUUUCUGUCGGUAGAUUAGAGGAUUUUCUUGCGCUGUAUAAAUCUAGCGGCACCAUGGGAAGUGCGCGAUCUGCAAUGAAGAAGGUUUGUGUCACUUUGAAGAUCUCCUGGCCUGAGGGCGCCGCGUCUUCCACCAUUUCGCGGGGAAUCAAGAGGCAUCAGCCUCUUUCCGCGGCUAAGUCCGCUUUUUUGGCCGAUGACAUGAACAAAAUCUUUGAAUUGGAGAAACUACCGGAGAAAUUCAAGUUUUUGUUCGCCUUCUGUUGGGUUUUUCUCCUUAGAUGUGGCGACGAAGGUUUGUCCUUAAGGAAGUUCGGAUCCGAGGUUGAGAAGGACCGAGCGUUGAAGCUACAACAUCAGUCCUCCAUUUGGUGCAAUAGUGCAGAAAGAACAGUUUCCAUCAGGUUCCUUUCGAGGAAAAAUAAGGUCGAAGGCGACAUUGUGACGAGAUCUUGCACUUGCAGUCAACUGUCAUCUUCUUCUUCGUCAGUACACUGCGCUACAGUAAAAAUCAACUGGGCUGUUCACUAUUGUCCGUUCUGCGUGCUUUGGAAGAAGUUCGUCAUGCCGAAGAAAUCUGGCAGUCCUUUGUUCUCAGGACUAUCCUAUCAGAAGGCAUUGAAGGCCACGAAGUGUGCAGCUUCUUCCAUCGGCGCUGUCGGUAGUUUUGGAACGCAUUCGUUCCGUAAGGGAGGAGCUAGCGCGAUUGCGCUGGCCGGUGGGUCUCUGCAAGAGAUAUUGUUGGCAGGAUCUUGGUCAGCUAAGAGUGACGCUUGGCGUCGCUAUGUUUCAUUGGCUUCAGUCGAAUCUAAUGCGAUGUCAGCUGUCGCGAUUUCUUCAGCUCCUUCUUCCUCCUCCAAUUCCGCAGCUCUAGAUCCGAUUUGUAAGCAAGUGCAAGCAUUUAACACCGCUCAAGAGUGUAUCAGUGACGGAGACUCUAUUUGUGAUUCGGAUAGCGAAGGUUGUUUGGCAGACAUAGAAUUUGAAGACGAAGAAUAAGAUCAUGCCGUCCCUCCACGAAUUUUCGUGCCGUGGCUCUGCGGACAGCGGUGUGGAUUUUGCGAACUUCAUGCUGAGGCUCUUCUUCAUCCUCAUCUUUUGCGCAUUCCUCAUGCGCAUCAUCAAGUUAGUAGAACAACUAGUGAACUUCUUGCCCGAGAACUUGAAAUAUGUGCAUCAUCAUCUAGCUGCUAUCGAUUCUGAGCUGGGUAACAUUCAUUUCGUUUUGACCGACCAAGGUUUUCGUCUCGGAUACGGCGAGAAUCUUUACCCGACAAACUGAGGUGGUUUCGUGCUGUGCCGUUAGCGACAACUUGCACUUCUUGAACUUCUAAUUUUCGGAAUUGGUCUCGAGGAAAAUCGAACUUGCUGAACUAAACUUGUCCAAAUUUCAGAAUGAAAUCCUGCUGAUCUCUCACUUCGAUGACUUGCAUAUUGGAGAAUUUUGAGCUAAUCUUUUUUUUGGCGCAGCUAUUCGUGUAAUUGAAAGUAGCGUUUACUCCUUUACAGGAGAGCAGAUGAAGGACGCAGCCUCUAUGAGAGCAGCGUCCACCUUGCAAGAGAUCAAGUGUUCUUUCGCAGCCUUGUUUUUUCCCCAAAUCGCAGGACUUGAAGCGCUUGUGAUAUGUGUUUAUAGUUAUCUUCUUGCGCUUUGCGCUGCGAAGGAAUAUGUGAGCUCUGGCAAAUAUUUUCUUGCAUCACGGUCUGCUUUGCUACUUUCCCCACCUCGUUCUUACAACACAGGCAUAAAUACGCUCAGUGCGGAUGUAUGCAGUGGUCGAACUGCAGACGAGAUCCGUCUCGAGCGGCAAUUGGGCUACUACUUUUCCGACAAAAACCUUUGGAGAGAUGAGUGGCUCGUUGCGCGACUGGGCGGCGAGUCCUGCACGGGCUGGAUCGACGUGGAUGUGAUCGCGAGCUUUCGUCGCGUUCGCCAAAUCACGUGCUGCCCGGACGUGGUGUUGGCCUGCAUGAGGCGUGUGCCGGGUCUCGAGGUUCGACAGCGGCCGACCAGUGCGGAAGAUGCUGGUGGAUUAGGAGGACGUGCUGUUCUGAAUAACAACCAGGAGAAUCAACAUGCUAACGGUGGUGCGCGUGCGAGCGAGGUAGACCUUCAAGGAGACGCUGCGGACACCGCGUCCGAAGUGAGCACAACACCGCUGUUUAUAAAAGAAGCGCGACGAAGUCCAAAAAACAGAAGGAGCGGGAAGAACGGCUACGAAGUGCGUCGCACAAAGCCUCUGCCAGCGAAGCUCACGUUGCAGCCAACAAUGUCAGAAAGCUCAGUGCGUUCGAGCCCAGAGCACGGAGCAACCCCGUCGAUUAGUAGUAGCGUAGGAAGUAAGGUGAUUCUUUCUGCGAGUUUGACUGCUGGUGGCUCACACGGGGCGUCGAGCGCGCUCGCAGGAACGAGGCGACACAGCAAAAAAAUGUCGGAGCACGACUCGGAUGACGAAGACGCCCGUCAAUUAGGUUCUACAACGACACUGGAUGGCCCGCUCGUGAUGAACCAUUCUGCUCCGCUUCUCGGAAUGGGUCCUGCUACGCCAGGAUUUCCACCUUGUUUUUCCUUCGGCGCUCCUGGAAAUGGUGCGGUUCCGAACGGAGGAGGAGUGCCCUUACCGUCGGGCCGUCUUUCAGUGGCGGGUCUCUCACCGCGUCACGCACAGCGCGGCAUGAUUGGAGGAAGUGGCCCUUCGAUGCAACUGGGUGGUGCAGGCGGUCAUCCUCCUUCUAUAGACUUCCAGGGUCAGCAGUACCAUCUUCCCGGGUCUUCGUCGUCAACGUCAGCGAGUCAACAACAGCUACCCGCGGCGACCCCAGGUUUCCGGCAGGUGCCGAAAACCGGCGUCAUCUACGUGAUGGACGAGGCCGCCAAGCACGGCUACAGCGCUGCGACCGCCCAUCAGUGGGCCAACUUGGGGCAGGGCUCUCCGGAAACCACCGCACCAAAGCACUGGCCCACGAACGUCCGUAACCGGAUCAAAGAACUAGUGGCAGACGGGAAGCUCGCCCACGAGCAAGGGCCCUUCGCGGAUUUGAAGUCACUGGAGGUAAACGCAGAGAACCUUCACUACGGCAACGUCAACGGAGACUUGGCGUUAAGAAAAGCCGUGGCAAAAUUCUACAAUGACAUGUACCGCAAGGGAAAGAGCUCCGUCUACACAGCGGAAAACGUGGCACUGGUAGGCGGAGGGCGACUUGCGCUCACCCGUCUCUGCACCGCCAUGGACAACAUCAAUCUGGGCCAUUUCCUUCCGGAUUACACGGCGUACACAGAGUUGCUGUCGCACUGCAAGAACAUCAACAGCAUUCCGAUCCCCCUGAACCCGGAGAACAACUUUCGCGUCACGCUGCAGGAGCUGCGACGCGAGAUCGUCGGCAAAGGUCUCUCUGCCUUGCUCCUGAGUAACCCAUGCAACCCGACGGGGCAACUGGUGGAAGGCGAAGAACUCAAGAACUGGGUGCGCAUCGCGCGUGAAACACAGUGCUCACUGGUGCUGGAUGAAAUCUAUUCAAGGUACUCAAACUUCUCAUUUCCUUGCUACAAGAGUGGCUUUCAUUUAGAUGGAUCAUCUGCGUAGUUUAGAUUUACUACUCCAAAGGUUGUCUUACCCGAUGAAGAUGAUGCAACUGAAAAGUGGAAGUUUGAGCUUUAUUUCUACAAAAUAAGUAAGCUUCGGCGCAUUUCUUUAGUCCUCCUCUACAGUACUUAGUACUUGUUUUAUCAUUCAUCUUGUCACUCACAGGUAUGUCUACACACAACGCAUGGCCCCGACGGACGCCAUGUGGCGCAUGGUUUCUGCCGCUCAGUUUGUGGAGGACGUUAACAAGGAUCCGAUCAUUAUCCUAGACGGCCUAACCAAGAACUGGCGCAUGCCUGGUUUGCGUGUGUGUUGGAUCGUUGGACCGAAAAACGUGAUCGAGGCUGUCGGCGCAGCAGGCAGCUUUCUCGACGGCGGUCCGUCGCUGCCGACGCAGCGCGCUCUGGUGCCUCUGCUGCACCCAAAAGCGGUCGUCGAGCAGACCGUGAUGCUGCAGUUGCUCUUCGCGCACAAGCGGGAUUUCUUGCUGAGGAGGUUAGCCGAGAUGCAAGUGAUCGUGGAACACCCACCCCAGGGAACGUUUUACUGCUGGUGCGACCUGUCGCAGCUACCUCCACCGCUCAAUCACUGCUGGGGCUUCUUUCAUACCAUGCUGCGCGAAGCGAAGGUGAUUGUCUGCCCAGGAGUCUUUUUUGACGUAAAUCCGGGGUAUCGCCGACAAUUCUCGAAUUACAUGACGUUUGUGCGCCUCUCCUACGGCCCGUCCUUUCAGGAGAUCAAGCGCGGUCUAGACGCCAUUGAGAAAGUCAUCCGCAAAUACCGGGAAAUCUACCGCUCGCAACAGUUCUCUUACAUCCCAGAUCAACCAACGCUGCUGGGACCUGGCCACUAGAACAAGGAGCGUUCUUGUCUUCUUCACUGUCCUACUGCGUGCUGGAAUAGUCUAUUAGAGGAUGCAACAGUGGAAAAAUCUGGGAUAGUAUAAGUCUCUAAGGAGUCUACUUGUAACUAACUAUGACUAACGAUUAUCAUCUAGUGUUUAUAACAAUUCGUUAGAAGAAAAUGAAAGUUGACUAUCAAUAAAGUAUCAAUGCCGAAAACAUUAUACAACCUCCUGAGGCGAAAGAAAUAAGACGUGCGCAGACACAGCAUUUUUUUCACCGCUGCUCGGCCUCUUUAAUGCAAGUUGAUUCCCCGAAAAUGUUAGGACCCUGCUUAGAUGAUGACCUCAUGACCACAUCACCUCCAAAUGGCCACAUCACCUUGACACCUUCAGUGACCAAAGCAGUCCUGUAGAUGUCUUUCUUAGGGAGCUUCGAAAAUGAAUAUCGAAAUCGAUAUCCCUAUCGUGAAAUUUAUGGGAGUGGCAGCUGAUCCGUGUUGCUGUGACAAACACGGAGGGUGUUUGUGUAUCUGCUAUAAAAGGAAAUUAUAGGAGUGACCUUACGCUCACGGACACGACUUCCACAGAGAUGCAUGAAAAUAGAUGCAUUGGUGCAAGACUUUGAUAUCUGGACACAAGAAAG